ACACCUUGCUCCAAAGGCGCGUUGGCCGAGUGGUUCAGCACGUCUCCACGCCUUCGUAACACUUUUCGCUCUAUGAUGAAAAAAGACUUUCUACAUGGCCGGCAUGCACAUUCAGAUUACCCUUUCUUUUCUUCAUCCUCUUCCUCUUCUUCCUCGUCUUCUUCCUCCUUACAUUCUUGCGUCACAAAAAGCGCUCCUUCAUUUGCUUCUAAUUUCGCUUCAGACUGCUCAAAUCUCAAUCUAGCAAAUGGUGGCCUAUGUUCUGAUAAUGUCGAUAUUACCACCAAAAGUUUUGACUCAGGCUUUGGCCACAACAGUUUACAAAGAGAGGCGAACAACGGAAGUAUUUUUUAUUUCGCCUCAUCUAAUCACGAUGCAAAACUGAUCUCUGAUAUUAACGCUACUUCUACAGUAUCCAACACAAACGAAAUAUCUAUCCCUGGUCCAACUUCUAUCCUGCAUACAAACUCGGUACUAACUAGAGCUGUGUAUAGACGUGAUCAAGAGGCAAACAAUGAGGAUAGGAAUGUUGGAAAAGCUUUGGGAAAGUUGACACCAAGUUCAUCCAGGUGUAUUCAUGUCAACACCAGUAACUCCUUCAAAGACAGCUUUGUUUCUCCUGCACUACCUUUUACAACUUCUUCCUCUCCUUCCUCCUCAGUGGUGGUAGCUGCUAAGAAGCUUGCCUCCACGCAUCCCGUUAGCCCAUUGCACCAUGCUGCUCUACUUCGACGACACGCUGCUGCGACCGAGGCUGCAUUUGUCGCGUCCAUGAAACUGACCACAGAAGACAGUCACCGCCUUUCCUCUUCACGUCCUCUAAGUAUUUUACCCUCUACUCUUCAAUCGUUCUCCGACUUCUCCCUUCCGCUCACUGUUUCUCUCUCCCUCUCCUUAUCUUUGCCAGGACCACGUGCUCGUCGACAAGUCUCUCCACCCUGUCUCCUAAACUCUUCCUCUGCCUCCUCUGUAGCAAUACCUGCCAAACAGCCUGACCUGACCUCGCCUAUUGCUACUUCAUCCUCCGCAACAUCAGUCCUUAAUGGUAAGGAAAGUCUAUGCUGCUGCCAAUGUCGUACUUCUUCUGGUCUUGACCUGCAACUUACUUGUGCACAUUCAGCACCAUCUGAUCUGCGUACCCAACUUCGAGGUAUACAGUCCCCAAGCCGCUUGCACGGGGCUGUACGGCUCAUUCGACGCUCUCGGCAAAUAGUUUCUUCAGUCGGCCGAAACGCACCUCGACGGCCAUCAAGACGGGAUACCAAGAUGGGGAACUAUCUUACGACUCUCAACAUGAGUCCAGCUGUCCUCCGUGUUGGCGGGAAUUCGGCGAUGAAUACAAUAACCGAUACGACAAAUCAAACGCAUCAAAACCGGCUUCAUUUAUCCUCGACAUCAUCGACAAGAAGUCGACGUCGUCUGGCAAGUUCUGGGCUGUCUCGUGCUUCCGGUUUAAGCCAGUGUAAACGACUGGUAAAUACAAACAAACGAAUUCUUGGAUCGCAGGAUCGGUCCUAG